AAAUAGCUUUUAAUUAGCAUAAACUUCCGGUCAAAAAGAAAGUAAAACUUGUGAACAGAAAAGAAGAAAAAGAAGAAAGAACACAAAAACUAAAAGACUUACUUGGACCUACAUUCCACAACUAUGGAUUUAUUUAGUUUGUUGAAGAAUAAUUUAUCACCAUCCAAAAAGAUGAUAAAUGCAAUAACUUCAAAAGAUGUUUCAUUAUUAGAAGAAAUUAUGAGGUCUGGAUUCAAUGUGAAUUCAAGAGUAUAUGAACAAGGAGGUGAAACUGCUCUUCAUAUAGCUGUGUCGAAGGAUAAUUAUAGCAAACCUGUUAUUGAAAAACUCAUAGAAUACAACGCAGAUCCAUCUGUUACAAAUGAUUUUGGUGUCACGGCUUUACACAGAGCUGCUAUGAAUGAUGACGCAGACAUUACAUUCUUAUUACAACAUGACAAAAGUUCCACGUCUAUAAAUGACUUCUGGGUCUCUUUCAUAAGGGAUUUUACUCACUGGCUUCAACAUCAUACUGUAUCACCAAAAACAUUAAUGAUUCUACUUAUAGCCACCCCAAACUUUGCUAAAUACCCAGAAAAUGUUAGAAAAACUAUGUUUACCACCGUUUUAAAUAAACAGACACCAUUUUAUAAUUGUUUAAAAGUUAUGGCUGUGAUAGAUAAAAGCUUAAGAAACCAGCACAUUGCACAAAUUCCUGAUGAUGAUGAAAGAAAAGAAUUUCUGGAAUGGUUAGAAAAUUUUAAACGUAAAGUUCCAACUCUUCAGCACUGCAGUCGGAUGGCUUUAAGACAAGCACUUGAUAACAAAUGGAAUGUGAUAUAUGGAGCUGAGAGGUUAUAUUUACCAAAAUCUCUAAAACAGUUUGUUAAAUUCAAUGAUAUAACCAGUGUUGGCUUAUCAACUUAGGGGAUUCCAAAAACUGCAAAAUAAUGUUAUUAAAUAUGUUAAAA